UAAUGAUGGCGUUGGACAUGUCCUGUUGGGCCGCCCUCCCUCCCGCUGCCCUAUUUGGCCACGGAGUUUCUUUCGCAAAACAGGGAUGCCCUGGAGUUGCACGCAUGCAUUGUCAGGUAAUUUCAUCACAUGCAAAAUCGUAACAAAGUAGAUGCAAUAUGUUCAGCCCCAAAAGCCAAUGUUUUACCCUUAAAACACUGAUGCCCCACAAGUUACUCUAUGUUAAAACACUAUAUCAGCGGUACUUUGUCCUUUCACCCGCCAGCAAAGAGGUCCUUUUCUUCGUCCGCUCGUCAAAACGAGGUUGCUAGGCAUCCUCUUCGUUUUCGAUGUUGCAGGAGGACAGGAAUUGAGAAGUACGGUCAAGAUGAGGCGGAUGAGUUCUUGGCCUUAGAUUCAGGAGAGGAAGGCGGUGAGGAUGAGAUGGAGGAUGAGGACGUCUUUGCCUUGAAGUCUUUGAAUGAAGAAGACUUUUCCAAGAAGUCCAAGAAGAAGCCCAGAGAGUCCAAGGCGCAAUCAGAGGAGGACUCUGAGAUCGACUUGGAUCCGGUUAGUAAAGGUUGGGGUAAGCACGACUUCUACGGUGGCGAGGAUGCCGGUGACGACUCCUCUGGCGCCAGCGAUGAAGAUCGAACACUGAAGGAGGCCAAAAAGCUUGAGGAGCUUCGAGCAAUGAGGCUGAAGGACGACACGGAUCCGCUGCUGGCUUUGCUGGGCCCCGAAGGGGACCGAGAAAAAAGCAGCACCGGUGCCGCUGCGGCACCAGCGGAGGCCGCGGAGGAGGUGGCUUCCGCGCGCUUCGAAUCGAUCUUCACCGAGGACGCUGAGAAGAGCAAGGUGCAACGAGAUUUGUCGCAGCUUUCAGACGCCAAGCGGAAGAGCUUGCUCAAGAAGGAGGCUCCGGAGCUUCUCCCGUUGCUGCAAGACUUCCAAACCAAACUCGAAGCUCUGGAGCCGCUGGUGCCCUUACUGAAGCAGGGCUCCAUGUUCUCACCCUCGGGCGCUUCCUACGUGGAUGCCAGGAUCAGCCUGCUGUUGAAUCAUCUGGCGAAUUUGUCCUUCUAUUUGAUGAUGAAGGCUGAAGGAAGCGAGGUGCGUUCUCACCCUGUGGUCUCUCAGCUGGUUUGGCUUCGGGAGCUUGAUGAUCAUUUGAAGCCUUUGAACCAGCGGUUGAACAAGAAGUUGCUCAAGGCCGCUCGUCAGGCCUCACGGCCAGCUGCCAGGCCCAGGCCCGCACCCGGGCUCGAGGCCCCGCGGGCGGCCGUAACGGCGAAGACGGCGCCUGUGAAGGCGCUAAGCUUGGCUGAGCGGCUGGAGAAGCUCCGGAAGGUGAAGAAGGAGGGCGAGGAAGGAAAAGCGGCAGCUCCAGCACCGCGCUUCACGGAUCCCGGAUCGCUCCUCCAGUUGCCGGGGAAGCGCCGGACGGCCACCCGAGCCGAUGGUCCUGCGGAUUUAGAUGAAAUCGAUCCAACGCUCGGUGCAUGGUUGCCCUCAGGUAGCCUUUCUCAACAGCUUUCUGAAGUUCAGCAACACCUGCGGGAGCGAAAAGCCAGGGCGGUGCCACAAGCUUCAGACAAGAACCCGGAAGCCCGCUCACGGGCGUAUCGGGAGCGGAUUCGAUCGGAAGCAGAUGCCGACUUACAGGCAAACGGACUUGCGGCUGCAGAGGGGGAGGAGCCGGAGGAAAGUGAAGAUGACAAUGAAAUGAUUCGAGAAGCCAAGGCCAAAGCUAAAGCCAAGAAGGAGAGGAAGGCGGCUGAAGCUGCAGCAAAAGUCAAGGCGAAAGUGGCAAAGCAAUAUCGCCCCGAGAGCAACGUGGAGGGCCGUCGUGGCACCAGCAAGCAGAUCUUGGAGAACCGUGGAUUGGUUCGACACCGAAAGCACAAGGCCGGGAAUGCGCGUGUGGCCAACCGCGACAAGUACACGAAGCUGGUGAAGAGGCGCAAGGGAGCCGUGCAAGAGAUGAGAGAGGCCGCUGCAGAUGGGGCAACCUACGAGGGAGAAGCCACAGGCGUUCGCACCAAUCUGCGAAAGUCAUUGAAACUUGGCUAAUCCGCCGCCUCCAAUGGGAUAAAAGGCCAGCUGCACUGGUUUGGUUUUCCUGGAACCUUGAACAACCUCUUCAAGCAUGUGUGUUUC